GUAAAGCAUACAUACAUAUGCCAGCUGAGAAAUACAGAAGCAAAAAAGCAAAAAUAAAUUAAUUUCAGCGCUCGUUUUACGGUUGUUUGUUUGUACUUGGCGAUUAGUUUCGAUUUAAAACGCUUCGUGUGCAGUUCAAAAUAAAAUUAACUACGAUUAUAUCCAAUCGCCUUGAAUUCAACGAACUAACAUCGGGCUUUCGGGUUUUCUAAUCAAUUUUUUGCACUACCUUUCCAAAAUGAAGUGACAAUUCGUUAACUGGAUUUUGUGCAAUUUCUUGCUGAAAAUCACUUAGUGUAAAAAUCAAACGCCAGCCAUUCAUCAAUACCUUUGAAGCAGUGACCUUUGCAGUACCACAAGUCGGGGCGUCAACGCCGCCACCAACAUCACCACUUCCACCACCACGACCACCACCAAAUCAACCAUAUGCCACACGCAUUUUAAGCAACCCCAUAACAACAAAAACAAAAGCAGCAACACCCAACAACUAAAUAGCUACGAAAACGAUGAACAACACAAAAUGGAAUACCCGUAGCUUUAGCGGUCAACGCUAUCACUCGCCCAGUCAACAAGAGGCGACUAUGCGUCGCAGUCUUGAGGAGAUUUCCAAGGAUCUUAAAGAGAUUGAAAAUGUUAUCACCGCCACGGAAAUUGCCGUACGUAAUGCUAACAAAGCGGAUCAAGCACCCAAACGUAGGCGUAACAAAGCUAUGCCGAAUAAGGAGAAUAAAACGCCAAGUCCCACGGAACGUCAAGCAAAUGGUGUUUCGCAAAAGUUAUCGCCCGUCACUUACAAAUUGAACUCCUUCAAACGGCAACGCCAGAAAAUGAGAAGUCCACGUCUCACCAAUUCGAAGCUGUACUUUCGCAAUGGCCGCAUUGGCUGUUUGGAGGCGGAGCAGCAUGGCUCGAAUAUACAAGGCACACACGCGCUAGUCAAGGACAUUCUAAAGUAUGUCAAUGAGAAACCUUUGGUUAGUCCUGAGAGCGUACGUCGUGUGUUGAAUGGUACGAAGACGUGGACGCCAGCAUCACCUACAACACCGCUAACGAAUGCUUCGUCCGUUGCCACGGGUUGCGCGGCGGAAGAGCAAAGAUGCGAGCCAGUGCUGUUGCCUGGCGAAGUGCCAGAUGAGAGCGAUGUGGUUGUUGCCAUAAAUUUUUCCAGAUGCAGCAAUAAUACCAUUACAAAUGGUAGCAAUAGUCAGCGGCGGCCACAAAGUGAAGGUUCCUCGAUGACGGAGAACACAAUGUCACAGCCGCUGGUCGAUGAUGAUGAACAGGAUGUGCAAAUCUGUUAUGACGAGCUGCCGGAUAUAUUGAAUGAUGAGCAGAAUUUUGGACCAGAACUGGUGAAAAGUGAUUUCGCCGCAGUGGCGCCGGAGGAAGAGACACCAACUGAUAGACGCUUUAGCGCAACGAGCCUCAACUCGGAUGUUCGCGACCAGGUGCGUCAUCUUGUGCGUCGCUUUACGGCACGCGCCAACAAAGUUAAAUCACGCAUAGAGUUGCCACCGACACCGUCAAGCAGUACCAGCGCCGAUGCCGAUGCCGGCACCAGCACUGAUGGUUCGGCCUCGCCUGUACGUUCACUCCCAGCUGCACUGAAAUCCGUAAGCACAACUCAUGAAAAUUCGCCAUUCAAAACGAAACUGAUGGAUGCAGCCAAAUCAUUGAAUCGUGGUCGAAUUUUCGAAGCGGACACAUCGCGCUCGAAUGUGUGGAUUUGUUCCAGUUUAUGUGGUAGCAAUAAUGAGGAGAAGACACUUGAUCCACAGGGAAAAAUCUACAUUUCAUGGUUGUGUGUGGUCUCGCUGUCGUUUCUCUAUAAUGCUUGGGUCAUACCGUUACGUUCCACAUUCCCCUUUCAAACGUCGGAAAAUACGAACACAUGGCUGAUAUGUGACUUUUGUGCGGACAUCAUUUAUCUGUUGGACGUGAUUUUUUUUAAACAUCGAAUCAUGUAUCUAUUCGAGGGAUUUUGGGUGAAAAAUAAAAAUUUAACGCGCAAAAAUUACAUGAGAAAGCUGCAAUUUAAGCUGGACUUACUUGCACUACUUCCUUUGGAGCUUUUCUAUUUCAAAUAUGGCACCGGUGCUGUCUACUUACGCUUUCCGCGCUUGUUUAAAAUUCAAAGCUUUUGGGAGGUUUUCAAGCUGCUGGAUCGUGUUAUAUCUUCACCACAUUUCGUACGCGUGGCUAAGACCCUAACCUAUAUGUUGUAUAUGAUCCACCUAACAGCUUGCGCCUAUUACGCCUAUAGUGACUACCAAGGUUUGGGCGUAAAUCGUUGGGUUUUCAGCGGUAAAGGACAUCCCUAUGUGCGUUGCUUUGCCUUCGCCACGAAAACGGCAACUUCUAUAGGUAAAAAUCCGAAACCCGAGCGGGAAGGUGAAUAUGUAUUCAUGACCGCCGCUUGGUUAAUGGGUGUCUUCGUUUUUGCGUUGCUCAUCGGUCAGAUACGUGAUAUCAUUUCGACGGCAACACGCAAUAAAAACGAAUAUCGUCAAUUGGAGGAUGAGACAUUGGAGUAUAUGCGACGUUUGAAUCUGCCAAGCGAAGUGCAAGGACGGGUGAAAAUGUGGUUUAAAUUCACUUGGGAGCAACAGCGUACAUUGGAUGAAGCCAACAUUUUGGAUUCACUACCGAUCAAUUUGAAAACAGAUAUCGCCAUCGCCGUGCACAUACAGACACUCUCGAAAGUGCAGCUUUUCGCCGAUUGCGAGGAGGCUUUACUACGCGAUUUGGUCUUGAAAUUGCGUGCAGUCACCUUCCUGCCAGGUGACUAUGUCUGUCGCAAGGGCGAGGUUGGACGCGAAAUGUACAUUAUCAAACUGGGGCAGGUACAAGUGAUGGGUGGUCCACACAGCGAUAUCGUAUUGGCCACCCUCUCUGAGGGGUCCGUCUUUGGUGAGAUCAGUUUGCUCGGCAUAAAUGGGGCCGAUCGUCGCACGGCAGAUGUACGCUCCAAAGGCUAUGCAAAUCUCUUCGUGCUCUCCAAGUCCGAUCUCAACGAAGUGAUCGCCUACUAUCCCAACGCACAAGCCAUACUGAAGAAACGUGCGCGCGCGCUGAUGCGUAAGAAUGCGGCACGUGAACGUGAGGAAGAGCGCGCCAAAAGCGCGCUAAAAGCCGAUGUGGUUAUCAGCAAUCCAAAGACGCCCGAAACACCGCCCAAGUUGCUGAAGACUGUCAUACAGGCAUUGCCCUACGAGUCACCUGCAGUGAUGCUGAUAACGCGUGGCUCUAAGCGUAUGCGCAAAAAAAGUAGGCCCAAUCCCUUGGCAAGCAUAGAGGACCAAGAGUGUGAUGAUGUCCAGAUAGUGGCAAAUGAGCUGCGUGCCGGUAUGGCGGGCAUACUGGGUGUUGGUGCGGGCGGUGUUGGGAGGCGUGCCAAUUCGCCAGAUUUGCUCUCAUCCAUACAAAAUGAGUUGAAGACCAAGCACAGCUUUAUAAAUUUGACCGAUUCACAAAAAGCACUAAUCAUAUCGAAAUCCACUAACAGUUUAAUGGAGCAGCAGAGCACCGGCGAAGAGGCGCCAUUGAAGGCGAAGGGAACAGUUUAAGUGUGCCAUAUAGGCGACAGCUAUUAAUUACAUACAUACAUAUGUAUGUUUUCGAAAAGGUUUAUAAAUACGUACAUCUCUCUCUGUAUGUACGUAUGUAUGCAUGUAUACAUUAACGUACGAGUAUACUAUACUUUUAUGACAUACUUGUUGGUAAUGAAGAGUGAUUCAAGAAAAAGAGGUUAGUAAGAAUGCAAUAAAAAGUUUUAUUUUAUUAUUGUGACCAUUGAUGUUCUGAACUUGCGGCACUUAGAAGCCAUUUAUGUAACUGCAUGCGCAAACCGGUUCCAAAAACCGCUAUUGUACAUACUGAGAUGCAAAUAAAUAUAAAAACUUCUAUUAAAGCAAAACAUACACACACACAUUUUAUUUGUUUUUUUUUUUAUUCUUGUGAAGAAAUCACAUUUAAUUCAAGUUGUAACAUUAAAAAGAAAAACAUGACAUUUAAGUAAUGCUUCUUCAUAAAUUU